ACAUAUAUCAAGUCGGAGCUGUCUGCAUCCUAUCUAAUUUCCCUUUUUUUUGGAUUUCAAUUUUCUUCGCGUGGCGAUUUGGAAGGGCGGAAGAUCAGUCAUAGCACAGCUGAAGAACUGCACAUACUCAUGUUGUCGCUAGGCUCCUUGACAAGCACUUUCACACCCCCCUCGGGGUGUGUAGGACCCAGUGCGACAUGGUUGCUUUAUGAUCGAGCGAACAGUGCUUCAUAUUACCUGCAAGGCCAAACGAGCGCUUCCAGCUGCUUUCCCCCGAACUAUGAUCCGCAAACGAUUGCGUAUUAUUCUCCUGGUGUUUGUCCUUCUGGAUAUACAUCUGCUCGCCCUCGCGACACUUCCACAGCAACAGGAACGCACACUUGUUGUCCAACAUUUGCCGUCUUCGAAGGUCGCGAAACUUCUCAAGAUAAUCUCUUCAUGUCGACGAUGGCAUGCCAAUCUUUUUUCGGCGGUUCUGGCACAAUACUGGUGACAAAAUCAUCCGGGGAGGAAAUCAUCACAACGACAACAAGUUUUGGCGCUUCGGACGUUCUAAAUGCGUACGGCAUCAUCGUAGCCCUCGCGACCGAAACGUCUUCUUCUACACCGGCUAUCACAACGACUUCACAAACAUCUAAUAUAGAACCGAUUCAAACUAGCACCUCCUCGCAGAUCACUCCUGCGAUUCCCGCCUCAACGUCUCAGCAAACCGAAUCCUCUCGCAAACUCAGCACCGCGGAAAAAGUUGGAAUUGGCGGAGGUAUAGCUGGCGGAAUUCUACUUUUGACCCUUGGAGGGGCGCUGGGCUAUUACAUUAUGCUGUCAAAACGGCAAAAAAGCGCCAUCGUUGCAUCCAAGCUCCAGCCACCCUCGCCAUUACACGAGAUUGACUCGUGGCCUAUACACGAAAUGGUCAUGCAUCACCCAGAAACUACUAGAGGGAAAGUCACAUACGGACUCUACACGAGCGGAGCGACUCACGAGCUUUCCACAGAUAGAGAUGCAUCUGAGCUAGCUACAGGCAGACACAUAUACGAACUCGGUACGGGCAAAGAUACGCAUGGAGCAAUUAAGUAG